AUGAUCGACGCACCACCAUCUCAUGAAUCGUCCCCUGUAGCCGAAUCCCACCAUUCGUCGGAGCACGAUCCAGAUGCCGAAAUCAUGGCCGAACGCGAAGCUGAAAAUGAAUCUCGCGCUCAAUCCGAGACCCAGACCAAAGUGGAGGGGGAGGAAGAAGAAGUAGAAGGUGGUGCGCCUGUAAAAUCCGGAAGUGAGGUGGGAGAAAAAGAGGAGGGUGGUGAACAGGUCGAUGCUGGGACCACACCAGGUACCCCCAAAGUUGAGGAUGAGUUGAGCGUCGCAACACCAGCAGAGGACUCAAUCCUCACCGAAACAGCUCCAACACCUACGCACGGUCCUGGACGCCCUGGAAUUUACCCCCGUGGAAAGCGUCGCAUUGGUCGCCCCCCAAAGAAUCCUCGUCCCAUUGAGUACGAAGCAGACGGUGAAACACCAAUCCGAGUUACCACACCUGCUAAACGCCGUCGAGGUCGUCCUGCCGCCAGUGGAGGACGUUGGGCGCGUAAUCGCGGUCCCUCUCAUCUCACCCAAGUGCCUAUCGAUAAGGAAGGAAACAUGAUGGAUGUCAUCAACGACGAGGUCUCAAUCCCACCCGACCCCAUCGGUGCCACCAAGGUCGACGAGAAUGGCCACCUUCAAGGUGAUCGUGAGUACCGAGUUCGUACUUUUAAGAUCCUCGGCCGCGGCGAUCGCCUUUACAUGUUGUCGACUGAACCGGCCCGUUGCAUUGGAUUCCGUGAUUCGUACCUGUUCUUCCAGAAGCACAAGAUGCUCUACAAGAUCAUCAUUGAUGACGAUGCCAAGCGGGAUCUGAUCGAACGCGACCUCAUUCCCCAUUCAUACAAGGGCAGAGCCAUUGGUGUUGUUACCGCACGCUCUGUCUUCCGCGAGUUCGGCUCAAAGAUCAUCGUUGGUGGAAAGAAGAUCACCGAUGACUAUGAUGAAGCUGCUGCCCGUGAAAGAGGCGAUGUUGAGGGUGAACUUUCCGUUCCCGAUGAUCGCAUGCCCGGCCCCGGCGAAGUCUACAACAGAAACCAGUAUGUUGCUUGGCAUGGCGCCAGCAGUGUCUACCACAACAACGCUCCUUCAGUCCCACUUCCUGGUGGAAAGCCUGUUGAUGGCAAGAAACGUCGUGUCCCAGUCACUGACGAUAACUGGAUGCUUGAGCACGCCCGUGCUGCAAGCAACUACAACCACAAGCUCAGUGAUAUGCGCCGUGCCAACCUGAAUGGUGUCUACGAUGUACACACCAAUAUCAUGCAAUACCCUAAGAUCAUGCAGCCUACCCACGCUCGCUGGGAACGUGUGCCCCCUGCUCCGGAGCUCGCGACCGCCACUGGCCUGACAUCUGAGAUGAAUUCCCUGAACAUCGACACCAAAGGUUCCGACAAAGUUGACGCUCAGGCUGCCACUGAAUCCCAAGAACCCAACGAAACCGCCAACGGCGAAUCAGCCCCUGCCGAAACCAAGCCCUCUACUAUCUUCUCAUCUGUUCCCGCCCAUGUCUACAACCGCUACGUCGUCCAGGAUAUCGUCUACGAGUCCCCACAAUACUCGAACAUGGGUAUUCCCGGCCCCGACGGCGACGUUCACGACAUCGGACCCAACGGUAUGAUCAGCGUUGCCAACCCCGCGCACCCUGAAUUUAUGACCCCUGAAAUCCUCGAAAUGCUCCCAUCCGAGUGCAAAGACGCUCUUGCCGAAGCAUGUGCCCGCGAAGUCGAGUGGAAGUCCAAAUGGCGCACCGAGACCCAAGAUGGUGAGCGUGUUCAGCCUACCAAGAGCUACGCUUGGUACCCCUGA